UCUGUCAUUCAGAGCACGCCUAGAAGAAUCUCAGUGAAGAGAACUGUCAGUGAUAGAUGACAAUGGAGGAGGCACGACUGUUUGAUCUGUUUGACUGUGCGAUUUUCGUGCUGAUGCUCGGGGUGUCUGCAGCUGUGGGAAUUUAUUAUGCCUGGAAGGAUCGAAAAACACCCGAUGCGGUAGCGGAGUAUCUCGUGGGGGGAAAGAACAUGACGAUAUUUCCUAUUAGCAUGUCACUCAUCGCCAGUUACAUAUCUGGAAUAGCACUUUUGGGAUUCCCCGCUGAGAUGUACGUCUAUGGCACACAAUUGUGGGCAACUGUGAUUGGAGAUGGUCUUGUAUCACUCACUAUGGCCAUUGUAUACUUACCCGUCUUCUACGGUCUGCAGAUUACAUCCUCCUAUGAGUAUUUGGAACUUCGAUUCAGUCCGGCGGUGCGACUGCUCGGCUCCAUAAUAUUCCUCAUUAAAAUGUUGCUCUAUAUUCCAAUAGUGGUGUACGUACCAGCGUUAGCCUUCAAUCAUGUGACCGGAAUUGACAUGCACAUCGUCUCUCCUAUCGUUUGCGCUGUUUGUAUCUUCUAUACUACUCUGGGUGGGCUGAAAGCCGUCGUAUGGACAGACACAAUUCAAACGAUUGUUAUGUUCGGUGGAGUUAUAAUUGUCGCUAUUCUCGGUACAAUAAAAGCUGGUGGAUUUAGCCAAGUGUGGAGUAGAAAUGUACACUCCGGGAGAAUCGAGUUCUUCAACAUGGAUCCGGAUCCCACAAUUAGACACACAUUUUGGAGUGUGGUGGUGGGCAAUUACGUCAAUUGGCUUGCCUCCUGCUCGGUAAACCAGAUGAUGGUUCAGCGGUGCUUAUCAAUGCCAAACCUGAGAAAAGCGAAAAUAACGAUUGUUAUCAUGGCUGCGGGAAUAAUAUCGAUAGUUUCCCUCAGCUGCUACACGGGAACAGUCAUCUACGCUGCGUUCCACGACUGCGAUCCAGUGAAAACUCGCCAAAUACGCAAGCCGGAUCAACUCCUGCCAUUCUUCGUGAUGGAAAUUGCCCAGUCCGUUCCUGGCCUUCCUGGGGUGUUUGUCUCUGGUGUAUUCAGUGCUGCAUUGAGCACAAUGUCAACGGGACUGAAUUCAAUGUCAGGAGUUAUUUAUGAAGACAUGAUAAAUCCAUUGUUGAAGAGGCCCUUGUCCCAAGUGGCUGCCAGCCGAAUCAUGAAACUACUGGUUGUUUUGAUUGGAUGCAUUUGCGUCGGACUUGUAUUUCUCGUGGAGAAACUCAGUGGAUUGAUCCAAGCAGGAAAAAGCCUCUCGGGCAUAACGGCUGGACCAUUGCUGGGUAUUUUCACUUUGGGAAUGUUUUUCCCGCAGGCGAAUUCUAGGGGUGCUUUGGUGGGUGCCAUCCUCAGUCUGAAUUUAGUCGCCUGGAUAUCGCUGGGCACUCAAACAGCGCUCGCCAAUGGAGUCAUCACGUAUCCGAUGAAACCGGUAUCGACCGACGGAUGCUCAGCCGAAAUUCAGAGGAGAUUCUUAAAUUUCACUGGAGUUCUGAAUGAUGCUAUUACGGACGAGCCAUUCUUCCUGUAUCGAUUAUCGUACCUCUGGUACACGUGGAUAGGAUUUAUAACAGCCAUCCUCGUCGGUCUCUUUGUGUCCUGGCUCACGGGGACCAAUAAAUACAAACUAGCCGACAAAAAACUUUACACACCGAUUGUGCACAGAUUUUUGUUUCCAACAAAUCCAGACAAAUUGGUCACCACGGAGCUGAGGAAAAUCAAUGGCGAUGGCGGCCGAAGUCGACGUGCAGUCAAUAGUUAGAACAAAUGUAAUAAAAUUUCAUUUCAGAUAAAUUUUUGGCCUAAUUAUUAUUUUGAAAACUUCCCAGUAUUUCUUCAUUCAGU